AGAGAUAACAAGCCAAACAAACCAACGUCGUCGGCCAGUUUGUAUCAUAAGCUCGGCCUACCAAUCACGCACGGAUUGCGUCGCGACGCCAGAGAGAGAAAGCUCCCGCACGAUGAAUACCAUCCUGAAGAGCAGCCGCCUGCUGAGCUUAUCAGCAACAAGAUUGUCAACAUCGUUGUGGUGCGGUUUUUCGAGAGGAUCGACAUCGAGCAGGCCGUCGUUCCAGAUUAGACCGUAUUGUUUCAACUUUGUCACGAUGAAACCGACCGUCUACGUUACAAGGAACGAUUACGCCCGGAUUGGACUGGAUUUGCUCAAAGAAGAAUGUGAACUGACCAUCUGGGACGAGCCAUCUCCCGUUCCGAGGGAGGAAUUCAUGAAGAACGUGGCCGGCAAGGAUGCCAUCUUUUGCUCGCUGAAUGAUCGCAUCGAUAAGGAGCUGCUGGAUCAGGCUGGACCAAGUCUGAAGGUUAUCGGGACAAUAUCCGUGGGCUUUGACCACAUCGACUUGAAGCAGUGUCGCGAGCGAGGCAUCCGAGUCGGGUACACACCGGAAGUGCUGACGGACGCAACAGCCGAACUGACCAUAGCACUGCUGUUGGCCACGGCUCGACGACUGUUGGAAGCGAACAAAGAAGCUCACACCGGUGGCUGGAAAAGCUGGUCACCCAUGUGGAUGUGCGGAACGAGCAUCAAAAAUUCCGUCGUUGGAAUCGUUGGCUUUGGGCGAAUCGGCCAGGAAAUUGCGAAACGACUGGUGCCCUUCAAACCCGCUCAGAUUCAAUUCUGCUCUCGAACCGAUAAAUGUUUGACCGCUGAGGAACUGGGCGUAAGUCAGAUUCCCUUCGACGAACUGGUGGAAACGAGCGAUUUCAUCAUUGUGGCGUGUUCCUACAACACGGAAACGGCCAAUAUGUUCAACGAUUCGGUAUUUUCACGAAUGAGACCGUCAACAAUCCUGAUCAACACCAGCCGUGGCGGGAUCAUCGACCAGCACGAUCUGAUCCAUGCCCUGAAAGCCGGCAAAAUAAGAGCUGCAGGCCUGGACGUAACAACUCCGGAACCCUUACCACUGGACAACCCGCUCCUACACAUGAGCAACGUUGUCGUGCUGCCUCACAUUGGAAGCGCCGACGUUGAAACGCGCACCGAAAUGUCGCGCAUAACCGCCUGCAACAUAAUCAGCGGCCUCAAGGGCGUGAAAAUGAUUUCGGAAAUCUAAAUCCAAUAAACGCACCAACUAUUCAAA